UACCUGGAGGAAGCCCCCGAGGUACGGGGAGAGCAUGCAGAGUCCACGCACACGGUGUGGAGGCGGAAAUCGAACCAUCAACUCUGGAGAUUUCGGAGACAUGGCCACUGAGCAUAUAAAUGGAAACGGUACUGAAGAACCAAUGGAGACUUCGGCUGCAGUUACCCAUUCAGAACACUUCCAGACAUUAUUAGACGCUGGGUUACCUAGAAAAGUUGCUGUCAAACUAGAUGAAAUUUACAUAGCAGCAGUUUGAAGGAAACAGAGUAUCCUGGGUGGCAGUUUCAGAAAAUUUCAUGUGUAGACCCUUAAAGCUGAGUAUUAAGCACUCCUGAGGAGGUCUCCUCAUACAGUGUCAGGGCAAGUGUGUUGCCAGAUGGACAUAUGCAGGAACAAUGGAGCAGCUGGCAGUGGUUAAGACAGGUCUGGUUUCUCACAGUGAUCUUGAUGAUCGUGCAAUUGAAGCUCUAAAGGAAUUUAACGAAGAAGGUGCUCUGCAAGUCCUCCUCCAAUUUAAAGACAGUGACCUCUCACAUGUUCAGAACAAAAGUGCCUUUCUCUGUGGAGUUAUGAAGACAUACAGGCAAAGGGAGAAGCAGGGGACCAAAGUGUCAGAUUCUAAUAAAGGACCAGAUGAGGCAAAAAUCAAAGCUUUGCUUGAGAGGACUGGUUACACACUUGAUGUGACAACAGGUCAGAGGAAAUAUGGCGGGCCUCCUCCUGAGUCAACCCACUCGGGUGCACAACCCACAGUUGGGACAGAGAUUUUUGUAGGAAAAAUUCCAAGGGAUCUCUUUGAAGAUGAGCUGGUCCCCCUGUUUGAAAAAGCUGGGCCCAUAUGGGACCUGCGUCUGAUGAUGGAUCCCCUCAGUGGCCUGAACAGAGGCUAUGCCUUUGUCACUUUUUGCACUAAAGAGGCUGCUCAGGAUGCUGUUAAACUGUGUAACAACAGCGAGAUCCGCCCUGGCAAACACAUUGGUGUUUGUAUCUCUGUGGCCAAUAAUAGACUGUUUGUUGGCUCCAUCCCCAAGAGCAAAACCAAGGAGCAGAUUGUGGAGGAAUUUGCUAAAGUUACAGAGGGGCUGAAUGAUGUAAUUUUAUACCAUCAGCCUGAUGACAAGAAAAAAAAUAGAGGUUUCUGCUUUUUGGAGUAUGAGGAUCACAAAACAGCAGCACAAGCACGGCGUAGGUUGAUGAGUGGCAAGGUGAAAGUGUGGGGAAAUGUGGUGACUGUGGAAUGGGCCGAUCCCAUUGAGGACCCUGACCCAGAGGUUAUGGCGAAGGUUAAAGUACUGUUUGUAAGAAACCUUGCAAGCACUGUAUCAGAAGAGCUCUUAGAAAAGACAUUCAGCCAGUUUGGCAAACUGGAGAGGGUGAAGAAGCUUAAAGAUUAUGCCUUUAUUCACUUUGAGGACAGAGAUGGUGCUGUUAAGGCUUUAGCUGAAAUGAAUGGGAAAGAUUUGGAAGGUGAACAAAUUGAAAUCGUCUUUGCAAAACCACCCGAUCAGAAGAGGAAAGAGCGGAAGGCUCAGAGACAAGCAGCUAAAACUCAAAUGCAUUGCUGGGCCUCCAGGUAUGAUGAUUAUUAUUAUUAUGGCCCACCACAUAUGCCACCGCCCACAAGAGGAAGAGGACGAGGAGGCAGGGGAGGUUUCUCUUAUCCCCAUGACUACUAUGGCUAUGAUGACUAUUAUGAAUACUAUGGCUAUGACUAUCACAAUUAUCGAGGUGGCUAUGAAGAUCCGUUCUAUGGCUACGAAGACUUUCAAGUUCAAGGUAGAGGACGAGGGGGUCGAGGAGCCCGUGGAUCCACCCUGUCCCGGAUUCGAGGUGCAACUUCAACUCGAGGAAGAGGAGGUUUCUCUCAGCGUGGAGGCCCAGGAUCCAGCAGAGUGGUGCGUGGCUCCAGAGGAGGAACUCAACAAAGAGGCCGUGUGCAGGGAAAAGGGGUCGAGGCUGGUCCUGACCAGUGACGGUGAAGACUGACUUGCUACAUUUGGGGUUACACCAUAAGCUGCCAGUGAAGAUGAUGGUAAGGUCGAAGCAAUGCCCCAAUGAUGUUACAGCCUUACAGAAGCAGAUCUCCCAUACUGCCACCUUUGAAAACCAGUGGAAAUUCUGUUCACUUGUACUCUUGGACUUGUUGUAUUCAUAUAAGUCAUGCAUUUAAAUUUUGUCACAUCCUACCCCCCUGUAACAUGCUCCAAAUAUUACAAAGUAUGCCAGUUUAAAAAAAAAAAAUUGAGGUUCAGACUUCCUAAAGGAUACUAAACAUUGUUCUUUUUUUGUUUUUGCACUUUUAAAGUCUCUGAGUUUGAAGUGGCUCAGUGGAGCUUGAUGUAUAUUUUUGUGCUAAUUGCAAUUUUAUUGUCGGAAUAUCCAUGUUUAUCUAAAUUAAUUAUUUGGAUGAAAAGGACAUGACAUCUGCAGGUUUUUGGUGUAACCACCUUGCAUGGAUAAGUCAGGCAUUCCAGGAAAGUGGUUCUUUUCAGAACUUGUCUUUAAAGGGUUGGUUAACUACCUCAGUACAGAGGAUUGAACUACCCUGCCUGUACUGUAAAUAGGGAAACUUAUAUUGAUGAAAGCAGGGCUUGUUUUCUAUGAAAUAUGCAUUAGAGCAGCUGCUCAAAAGAUGUACUUAAUGUAAUAUAAUCAUUUUGCUGCUGCUCUGACACUGCAAACAGUCAAACUGGGCAUGCAAAAUAAUCUCAUAUGAUGAGCCUGAACAAGCCCUGCUUUUAUCGUAUUUUGAACUGAAUUAGCUUCCUUGCUUCUUCAGAUUAUGUAGUUACUGGUUGUAUGAUUGUAUGAUAGUUUUGGAAUAAAAUGUUACUUUUGUAAAGGCUUGAACAUCACAAAGGCGUCAACUGCUUUUGGUAAGCCCUGCAGUGUCCCUUUUUCUAAGAAUUGAAAUACGUUUUUAGAAAACAGUCCUCUUAAGAUUAUGUAUCAUGCCUUUUUGUUUUACUGAAUCAUGCAUCAUUUUGCAAGAAUGAUCACAUUUCCACCUAAGACCAGACAAGAAAACUAGGCCCUGUUCACUUUCUUUGUGGCUGGCUGUGUUCAAUGGGAAGGUUUGGGAUCAUUCGGUGGAAAAAGGGAUGCUGCAGCUUUGGUUUAUAUUCCAUUAUAUAGCAAACAGUUGACUGAACCAUUCAACCGGUUUUGUACACAGUUAACUCCCUCUUGAUGAAGCUGUAUCAACCUUUUGACAUGUUAGCAGUUUUAAACUAUUGUUGGUGGCCAACAACGUUUUUGCAUUCCCGCAAAUAAAUUGUUUUAUACUGUAAAAUGAGGUGAGUGUAACUUAUUUUUGUAAUAAAGUUUUUGAUUUCUA